CCUACAGUGUACUACAGUUAUAUUCAAUACUCAUAAGACCGCAAGAACGCAAAGCAAAGCGGAUUUAUUGAUAAUAUCCAGCGGGAAUCUUUAACAAAAAUAAUUAAAAUGGAUGAACUAUUUAAAAAUAGUAACACGCAAAAUAUGUUUGCACAAUUGGGAACUCGAGUUGGUAAUGAUUAUGUCCCAUCCAAGAAUUGUUAUAUGAUACUUAUGCAUAUCUACGAAAAAUUGAAUUCAUCAGAAAGAAGUGCAACACAUCUUAGGCAGAUAAUUGGAUUCUCACAACUAUUAAGCCAACACCUCAUACCGAUGUUUAUUGCAGUCAAUAACGACAAUAUAAUUGACAUUUUGUUGAAAAUUCUGGUUAGUUUAAUAUCACCAAUUGAAAGUUUGAUGCUUGUUGAAAAAAAUGUUGGAGAAAACGGAGAUAAUUCCACUUUACUUGGGCUGAAUUGGAUGAUGUCGAUGAGCAAAGCAGCAUGGGCUGACUUAAAAGCCAUCAAACGUAUCAUGGAAGUUAUAAAAGAACAUAUGAAAAAAUUGUCUUGCUGCCCUGUAGGAUAUACCAACAAUUACAGUAUAUCAUUUAUAAGCGAUUGUUUGCGUUUAAUAAAAAAUAUUCUUCACAUACCCAACGAGCAGUACCAAAAUACAAUAUUGUGGAUGAUUUUUUCCGAACAAUUCGAUGAGAUUAUUAUUUCCUUGAUCGCCAACUCUAACCGAGGACAUUGGGCAGUACUAAUCAUCGAACUAAUUGCUCUGAUUUUUAAGAAUCAACACGUUGAACAGAUGUCAAUGCAAAUCAUUAAAAUGAAUGAAACUAAAAAGUUUGAUAGUUCCGAAGACAAUGAAAGCAAUACGUCGUCAAAAUAUCCAAAAUACGGAAGAAAUUCAUCGCCAGAAAAUUUAUCCGAAUUAUCAAACGAGGACUGUGAUGAUGAUGCCAAUUUUAAAUUGGUAUUUAUAAAUAAAAUGAUAGGGAAUCUACGCAAAAACAAUUUGAUGGAUGAAGAAGACAAGAGUUCCAAAGAAGCUAUAAUACAUAAUUUAAACGUACAUACUGUAAAUGAUAAACUCGACUCUACUAAAACUAAAUUUGAAGAACUUCUACUAUUAGCUGAGCUCAACUUAAAAAAGGGAGAUGAUGACGAAACAAGUAAUUCUAACAAUUUGAACACAGAGUCUAGAAGAAAUUCGAUCACAGAAAUUAGGAGAAAUUCGAUCACAGAAUCUAGAAGAAAUUCGUACACGGAAACUAGAAGAAAUUCGAACAGAGAAUCUAGAAGAAAUUCGCUUGAACAAAUUAAAUUUGAAUUUGAAAUGAAAUCCUAUAAACCAACUUUGGGGAGUGCCAUUUGUAGAAGAAAAGAGAAAUCACGCAAAAAAAAAUAUACAAAAAAAAAUUUUAAAACCAAAUUGAAGUUACCAAGUUUACCAAUACAGUUCAAUGUGCCAAAUGAGAUAUGCAUGAUAUCAUAUUUUCUUCAGAAAUUUACUGUUCGUUUUCUACAAAAUGGAUUCAAUACUUUAGUCGACGAACUUUAUAAUUUACUCACAUCUAAUUCACAUCAACACAUUGAUACUUCACUUUAUUUCUGGAUAUUAACAUACUUUUGUAGAUUCUGCAAGUUGAACAACAUUAAAUUGAAAUUAGUCAGACGAAUUGUAUCUUUCAAACUGAUUUCAUUCAUCGUUCACGAGGGUCUUAAAAUAUCAGAACAAUUAACUAUUGCAAAACUGCAAAAAUCUCCUAAUAUUCAUUUAAAAGUCAGACAUUUGCAUUUGGCCAUCAUGGCUAUUAAAGAGGUGAUAAAAACCAUCGAGUUCUAUCGCCAAACUGCUGUUGAGUCACCAAUUUACGCAGAUCUAAUAAAAGAUCUUCAGAAUUCAGGCAACAACUCUCCAGAAUCAAUCACUUGGGCAAAGGACCUCAAGUCUUUAUUCACAUUACUAAUUCGUUACUAUGAUAGUGACAUACAGAUUAUUGAAUACUUGCAUGAUUUAAUAGUUACAAAUCAUAUGGUAUUGUCAUUGUUUGAUACCCUUAAAGAUUGUUGGAAUUUAAACGACAAUAUUACUGCGUACAUCAAAAAGUUUGCUGUUCCUGACAUAAUGUACAAAUAUGGACUGGUACUCCAAAAUUACGAAAAAAAUAGCGAAAUUGUCAACGAAUCCGUGCUUGUCAUGAUGCAUCAUGUAAUAACUAAAGUCGAAAACACUACAUCACUCUUUCAACCGAUCAUUUUGAAAACAUUUUUGAAAAUUUUCGAAAAUAAUGAUUAUCAGUACAAAAGGUGGUCUGAUUUGAUUGAAAAUGUUUUAAACAAGUUUCUAAAUAUACCACACACAGUGAACUGUUCUGAAAACACUCUUCGUGGAAUUCCGUGUAUCUACAAAUCAACAAAUCAACGAAUGAACUUUUAAAUUUGAAUAACUAUCGAAAUAAAAAUAAAAUUAAUUUACUCGAAACUACAAACAUGUACCUAGGUAGGUAUGCCAUAAAAAAAAUCAAUGGGACUACGAGUACCUAUUCAUAUAAAUAUAGGUAUGAGUUUGACAUUUUUAAAACUACUUAUAUUAUAAAUGUGUGUUCAAUACUUUGAUAUAAUAAUAGAUACCUACCUAUUUAUUAUAAAGAUACUGCAGUGUAUAAUAUAAUACCUAUAUAGCUACCAUCUAUGUCAAACCAGACAUAAUAUCUACGCAUAAGCAUAGGUGCAACUAGGGACAUUUUUCUUGGGGCAAUGGGCUAGAAUUGUAUCAACAGCACAGGCCCUAAUAAUUUAUAUUUUCAACUAAAAUAUGAUUAAGAAACUGGGGGUGGAUAGUGGUGGUUAUGGAUAAAACUGGGGAGGCUAAGCCCCCUAAGCCCUCUCUGAUUGCGCCUAUGCGGCUAUAAGUGUACAACAUUAACCUAUAUUAGGAUACUAAUAUAACUAUUAACUGUCUAAUACCUAAUCAAACUUUUCUAUCAAUUCAUAGGAAGCAUUUUUUUUUUUUAAAUGUAUUACUUUAAUUGUUUGUUAUUAGUUAUUACAAUAUAGCUAUUUACAGAAUACUAAUUAGGUUAGAAAAAAAAUUUAACUGGUGUUAAUAAUAAACUAAAUUAUAAUAGAUGUCAGAAAUUAAAAGUAGGUAGGUACCUACCUAGAUAUAGGUACCUAGUUAAAAGAUUUACGAUUUACCUAUAAUAGAUAAAUGAAUAUUACGAGAAAAGGAAUACUAGGUAAUAGGUAUUUAAAAUAAAUAUUGUAGACUUCCAUAUUGGUAAAGAAAGGCAUUAAAUCACAGAUAUAGGUAUUUAAGAUAAAUUAGGAACGUUGUUUGCUGGAUGCAAGAUAAAACAUUUGCAUUAUUGCAUAACAUGUAGGUACCUAGAUAGAAAUGGUAGAUGAUAUUUUUAAUUCUUAGAUUUGUUGUUGAAAUUAAUUAAAGAUUUUCAAGUACAAGUCAAAUAAUAACCUUUUGAUGGUUUUAGACAUUUUUAAUGAUUCUCCAUAACUAUAGUCUAUAUACAUAGGUAUUUACUAAGCAUUUUAUUAAUAUUUAUUAGGUAACCUAUAUUCUGAAUUUCCUUCUAUUAAUCAUUAGGUAUUAAUUGAAAAAAAAAAAUAUUAAUAAUCUUUUUGCGUUAUGUACCUAAGUACCUACAUAAGAUACCAGACACCUACUCCUUUUCAUUUGUAUUAAAAAUAAAAAUAUAUUAAUUAUUAAUUUUUCUUAAUAUUUAACAGUAUUUAAAAUCUGAGAGUAUUUAGGUAUAUCACCUACCUACGUUGGGUUUUUGCGAGCAACUCUUAUUGUGAUUGACUAAUGAAUAAUUUUAUAUUUUUAUUGCAUUCCACAACAUUUCCAAAACAACGCUACUCCAGAAUUAAUAAACUUGAAGGACAAUAUGAUGUAGCUAUCCUGUUUGUAUGACAAUGUUGCUAGAAAUUAGAAAUUUAGAAUAAAUAAACCACUCUCUUAGUUGUUAAAUGUCAUGAGCAAAUCACCAUUGAUAUUAUAUAUUAACUAAUAUAUAAUAAUAUUAUGUAUGUGCCUGUAUAGUGUAUACUAUUUAGGUAUUAAAUGUGCAUUUAUGUUGAUUUAAUAAUUUAAUGUUAACUAGGUAUGUAUUAUGUUACAUGUAUUUAAAAUGAGUCUAUAGAAUGUUUAGAUUGAUCAAAUCAUAAUAUUAUAUUAUUUUAUCUCAGUUUUAUAUUGUACCUAGCCACCUAGGUACAACUAGUUAUUAAUUAUUAUGAUAAUGUAGUGUCAUUAAAGUCUAAAAUUAUAUGUACGGUACAAGUAACAAAUAACCACUUUAUUAUCACCUUAAGAUCAAUAUUACCAAAACUUUUUCAUUCCAAUUCUAAUUACUUAAUAAAAAUCGACUACUAUCACCUGUUGCAUAGGUACCCAUAUUGUACUUGCAUACAAUUUAAUAUGACAUUGAAAUAAUUUUUUGAAAAAAUUUUAAUUACUUAUAGGCUAUAGCUAGUAGGUAUUAAAAUAAUUUUGAUGAUAAUAUUAUAUCUAAAUCAAUUAUUUGUUAAAUAUUAAAUUUAAAAAUACUUGAGUUUCAUAGAUUAGUUUAUGAUAUGCAUCAAUCUCAAACAUAGUUAGUAUUAGACUAUUAUAAUAAGGAUUUAGCAAAUAUUUUUUUAAAUAAUAAAAAUAUAUGUAGAAAGAUAAUUCUUAUACUUUACACACAAAUAUAUUUCAUUUAAUUUCCAUUCAACUGUAAUGAACUUUUAUUGAAUUAUAUUUUGCUAUUUUCCCUAAAAAUUCCAUUUUUUUUUUUAUAAUUCAAGUUAAAUUACCAAUUUAUUACAGUAAUUUACAUUGUAUUUCUUCUUCUUCUUUUCUUCUCCCUCUUCUUCGGUAGUUAAAUUUUGAAUGUCGUGACCGUUCAAGCAAAAGUAUGAUUAUUAUUGAUAUUUCUAUAAACUUCUCGAAUUUCUAUGCUUCGCAUAAUUUCAACUACAGGCCUAAUUUUUGUUAGAUCUUUGAUUUGAUCAAUACAUUCAAUUGGAGGAUGUCCUAUUUUCCUUUUCUUUGAAUGAUUAUUUUUUCUAGUCAUAUCAUUUGAUGAGAUACCAAAAAAUUUAAAGAUUUGACAUAGUUCUUCUAAUUUUGAUUCAUUAGUUCUGUAUGCUGUCCAUGUUAUACGCAGCAUUUUUCUAUAUAAUAUAAUUUGAAAAGAUUCUAUUUUCUUUCAGCAAGAUGCAUUGAUAGUUCAGGACUCUGAAUCGUAUAACACUACCAGCGAUUUCAUUAGAAAUUUCUUUGUUUCUUUCCUUAUCCUAUAUUGACAAUUUUAGACAAUUCAGUGAUUGUUUCCUUAGCCAUUCCCAGUUUAUGUUUUAUUUUCUCCUAAUAGAACCACCUGUGUAAGCAUGCCCUAAGGUAGAUUAAAUUAUACCUAUGUUUUAUAUCUGGGAUUUAUUCAAAGUGCACGGAUAGUGUUUCUGCUCCAUUAAUCAUCAUUAGGUUGGAGAAAUUUGAUUUAUGGUAACAUAAUUUAUAAAAUCGAAACACAGCCCAGUUCAUUAUUACUACAAUGUGUUAUGAAUAACUGGUACCCAGAUAAUAACUAAUGACCCAAUUGGAAUUAGAUGCAUGUUUUUGCUAUAUUUUAACUAAUACAAUUAUUGAUAAAGUAUUUUCCAGUGCUGGUAAUUGAGAGUUUAUCAAAAUCUCUACUGUUGACAUUUGUCCAUGACUUUUUAUUUUUACAACAAAAGUAAUUUAAUGACUAAAUUAAAUAAAUAGCUUAGUUUUACAUUGAAAAUGUUUUCUUUUAUAUUUUAAGUGUUUUUUUAUACAAUUUAUAUGGCUUCAAAUGUUGAACCCUAGUUAUCAUUAUUUCAUAAAUUCAACAAAAUAUUUAAUAUUUAUGUACAAGUAAAAUUUAACCAAACUAAGUUGAAAUACUAAAAUUAAAUUUUGAAUUUUGUGUUAAUUAAUGAAUGUAGCUUCGAUAACAAUAUUUUUUUUUUUUUGAACCCAUGUACAUAUUAUUAUACUAUACCUAUUAUAUGUUUAACAUGAUACAGUCAGCUAUCUCAUAGGUAAUCAAAUAAAGUUAAAAUAUUACAAGCAUGUCUUCUAACAAAAAAUAUUUUUUUGUAUAAGUGUAUAACAUAACAUUAUGUAAGGAAAUGUACUUAUAAGUACAUCCAAUCCAUCAUUUAGAAAAAUGUGUAGGACUAUUAAAAUAAUUAAUUGUUACAAUUUAGAUUAACCAUGAUAUGAAUAUUGAACAUUGUAAUGGUAUAGUGCAUUAGUAUAGUACUACUAAGGAAAUAAUCAAGUAUUUUCAUAUUGGAUGUUUUAUUAAACUAUUUUAUUGGA